GACAUUUAUUGGAUUGCAUCAAAGCCACCUAAAGUGCAUAAAUACUGAGUGACAAGCUCAGCCAGUCUCAGAGACGUCACAGAUCAGAUCACUGUGGUCAUCAUGAGGGUCUUUGCAGCAAUCUUUGUGCUGGCUGUCCUCUCAGGCUGCCAUGCCAGAAGUGUUCCUCAGACUGACUGGAAGAACCCCUGGGAAGUCACGGUCGACAAAUUCAAUGAUUAUUUCGAGGAUCUGAACACAAAGGCCGACGCAAUGGUGACAGACAUCAAGGGCUCCCAAAUCGGCCGAGAACUGGACACCUUGAUCCAGGACACCAUGGCCGAGCUGGCCGUGUACAGGGAUAACCUGCAGACCAAGGUGGCCCCCUACACUCAGGAGGCUGCAGAGAAUCUGGGCAGAGACCUGCAGAAGCUGUUCGACAAACUGGGCGAUCACAUGAGCGAGGCCAGGGAGCAGGCGGAGAAGUACGCCGUGGAGCUGCAGACCAUGAUGGAGCAGAACGCUGAUGACGUCAAAGUCAGGGUCUCCGCCUAUACACGCAAGCUGAAGAAACGCAUGAGCAAGGACACACAGGAGAUCAAGAGACAAGUUUCUGACUUCUUUGAUGAGCUUCAGACCCGCAGCUCGAGCAACAUGGAGGACAUGAAGGCACGCUUGGACCCAUACUUUGCUCAGGUGCGUGACAACGCUCAGGCAAAGAUCACCACCCUGAAUGAUCUGCUGAGGUCGCAGACGGAGAACAUGAAGGAGAAGAUUCAGGCCACAGCCGAGGACAUCAAGGUGCGCUUCGAGAAAACCGCUGAAGACCUGCGCACCACCUUGGAGGAGAAGAUGGAGGAGCUGAAGAACUGGUUUCAGCCUUUAGUCUCUGCUUUUCAGUGAUAACAUGUAAACCCUGUAAUCAAACAGUGUGUACCAUCUGUUUAUCACCCCCAGUCCCAAAACCACCUCCAGAAACUGUUUAAAAGAUUCAUAAACAAAGAUACUGAGGGUUUUUUUUUACCAUGUCCACCUCAGUUUAAAUGUCUCAGUGUCACUAAAGGCCCUUCAAUAAAAUCAGCUGCUCUCA